AUGAAGGCCGUCAUCUCAAGUUUCCACCAAUGCGUAAAGUUCCCGACACCUUCCGGAAUUUUCACUUUACGUGGGAAUCAAAGAGUGACGAGAUCAUGCUUCCUUCAAGAACGCAAGCUCCGCACCGCGUCAUCUUUCAUGGUGAUCGAGCCCUCAAACCAACCGCCUCGCGAAGAACCCGAGCCAACAUCUGACACGAGACAACAGGUCCGACACACAAGACGCGACACAACAAGUCCCGCCGAUUCCUCCACGAAGAGCUGGCGCCGACCCACCUGGAAAUCCGACUUGAGGCUCAACAUGAGCACUAAAAACCCAAGAAGCUCCUAA